UCAUUGCGCGUAUUAACCUGCAAAUAGAAAAUUGUGCCUGUCGUACAUAAACCAGCUAUUCUUGUAAUUACGACGUCAAGAAGAAAAUGAAGAGGAGCUAUCCACCCGGGAAUGUAAAAAGAAAAAAGAGGAAGAGGAGAGAAGAAAGCAAGACAGUGGGUGUACUGAGAUGGAGCUGAGGAAUUUUACAGCAAUCUACAAGAAGCAAUACACUCUGGCCUUUCUCUCCCAUGUUCAUGAUGAGUUGGUACAACGCAAACAAGAGCAUACUCAACUCCUUAAACAGCGGGAGCCCCCACAGGAAACAGAGGUGAUCUACCGGGAGCCUAUUGCCCAUUAUGAUAACAGGAAAUGGAAGGAGAGGUUUGUGGUGGUUCGUUCUAAUUACUCUCUGGAGUGCCAUGAAAGCUAUGAGACUUUUAUGAAAGGUGCACCGCCACUGUAUAAGCUGCCAACAACAGGAGGCACUAUUUUGACCACAGAAGAGAAAUACAUGGAAGUGAUAGAUAAGUGCUUCCCUGACACCCCUGAUACUGACAAUGUGAAAGAGGAUGUUGCUCCCCCACUGGUGGGUAUGCCAGGCCAGUUUCCUGUGUACCUCCAUCUGCCAUACCAGAGAGACAACUACUUCUGCUUCCCCCAGGAGGCCAAACAAGCCAAGUUUAUCUCGGUGUUAUCUGACUGCAUUCGCCACCAGAAUCAAGACUUCUUAAAGAAGACUACAUAUGAGGUGCAGGCCUUCAUCAAGGCUGUUCAACUCUACAGGCAGGAUAAGGGCUACUAUGAACCGUGGGAUAUGAUGGGCAAUGAUGUACAGGUGCUGGCUAAUCUAACCAUGGAGGAGUUGUUGCCAUGUCUAGAGAAAGACUUGCUUCCUCGUCUGAAGGCCAAGAAGAUGGAAAAGAAAAAGAUGUGGUUUGCUACAAUUGAGGCAGCAUAUAACCUGGUGCAGGAGACUCUGAUGAAGGGCAUGGCUGCUCUGAACAGCGAGUGCAGAGAGACAACCGAGCAGCAGAGUGCAGUCAUGCGGUCAAAUAUGGAUCAGAUCAUGAGCUCCCGAACCUUUCUGGAGAGCAAGCUCAGAGCCGCAGUAGCCGAGCUGGCUACCAAGUACUGCAAGCAGAACAUCGAGCCUCGUCUGCCUGCUGUGCUGGAGGAGAUGAUGGGCCCCAUCAGCCUGGGCUUUGAAGAAGCACGGCAGGUCAGUGAGGGCAUGAUGGAGCACCUGUGCCAGAAUUAUCAGGAGGGCAUGACCAGAGAGGCGCUGCAACAGUCUUUGGUGGAGGUGAGUAAACCAAACUUGGAGAGCUGUUAUGAGAAAGUGAGUGGCCUGAGGGGUCAUAUCCAAGAGUUCAGUUACCCCAACUGCAGAGGACUGGAGCACAGCACACAGAUCGAUAUACAACAGCUGGUGGACAGCGUGGCAUAUACCUUUGGACUGCUUCUGAACAAGACUCCACAAGAUAAUACCAACCUAUUAGAUGCCAUGGUAAAAGCCAAACAUAGGGUGCUAAAGCAAUAUGAUUAUGACAGCAGUACACAGAGAAAGAAGAUUUUCCAAGAAGCUCUGCUCAACAUCACUCUACCCAGAGUCAAAGCUUUUCUAGAUCCUACAUUCAAAAAGGAUAUACCAAACUUGGAACAGUACAUAUUUGAUGAUUAUGUAAAUUUCAUCAACGUGGAGAACGUCUGUGAGGAAAUACUGCAACAGAUACUAGAGGAGGACAUUAGCAAAGUGGUGAAGGAAGCAGCAAGUAUGAAGAAGUACAACUUAUUCAUGGAGUCCAGGUACCGUUUCAGUGAUUCCAGUGUGCACGUCACUCCACCUGGCACUCCGGACUACACCAGUACACUGACAAAAGCGUGCAAUGCUCUGCCAUCCUCCCCUUUGCUGAGUGAUGGUAUAAUGAAAAGCCAGGGUGGUGAAGACCCAGUCAUGACUGAGAAGAAGGUGGAACCAGAAGUAAUCAUGGCCCAGCAGGAAGAGGUUCAGGCACAUGUGCAACCAGAGCUUAUUAAGGUACCUACUGGUGAAGAGACAGUCAUGGCUGAGAAGUCGAUGGAGCCAGAGGUAAUUAUGACCCAGCAAGUCGAAGUUCAGGCACAUGCACAACCGGAGGUUAUUAAUGUAUCUGCUAAAGCUAAUGAAGAGCACAAAGUGGAGGAUAAUGAAGUACUAGAGGUGCCUGUUAAUGCUGCAACAGAGACGCACACCAGAUCUAGUACACCUGAGACACCUACAGCGUCCACAGCAGUUGUCGAGGCGAUGCUUGUUGCUGCUCAGAGAUUGGAGGAGAAAAUGCACCCAGGGCCUCAUGAUGUUGCUAUUGACGCAGAAACAUUAGUGGAUCCAUCUAGCUCAUCAUGUACAGAACUUGCCCUCGAACCAGCAGCCCACACAUUGGCUGAACCAGUUCCAAAGCCAUCUGUUAAAGCUAAUGAAGAGGAUAAUGAGGUGCCUGUUAAUGCUGCAACAGAGACGCAAACCAGAUCUAGUACACCUGAGACACCUACAGCGUCCACAGCAGUUGUCGAGGCGAUGCUUGUUGCUGCUCAGAGAUUGGAGGAGAAAAUGCACCCAGAGCCUCCUGAUGUAGUUGCUACCGACACAGAAACAUUAGUGGAUCCAUCUAGCUCAUCGUAUACAGAACUUGCCCUCGAACCAGCAGCCCACACAUUAGCUGAACCAGUUCCAAAGCCAUAUGUUAAAGCUAAUGAAGAGCACAAAGUGGAGGAUAAUGAGGUGCCUGUUAAUGCUGCAACAGAGACACAAGCCAGAUCUAGUACACCUGAGACACCUACAGCACCCACAGCAGUUGUCGAGGCGAUGCUUGUUGCUGCUCAGAGAUUGGAGGAGAAAAUACACCCAGAGCCUCCUGAUGUAGUUGCUACCAACACAGAAACAUUAGUGGAUCCAUCUAGCUCAUCAUAUACAGAACUUGCCCUUGAACCAGCAGGCCAAACAUUGGCUGAACCAGUUCCAAAGCCAGUCGAACAAGAAGCCAAUGAGACACCGGUCCAGGCUAGUCCUCCAGAGGGGGAGACAGGGGCCAUGGGCCAAGUAUCACAGAGUGAAACUUCAAGUCUCCAACCUGUCUCGACAGAGACUGAAAUGGAGAGUGCAGCCAACAUUAGGAUCGGUUCAACCAAAGAAACUGCUCCAGGUGUGCAAAGCUCUUCAAGUGUACAACCCCUUGUUGUAGAGGUGCAAACUAGCAAUGCCACUGGAGACAAAGUCCUGGCAAAUGAUCUUGCUUCCCUUGGCGCUCCAAUUGAUGAGGUCGGCGUGAGCAACAUGACAGAAGAUUUUUCUGAUGAUUCAUCUUGGACCACAGAGGAGGAGGGAGACAACGUUGUGGAAGAUGACCAAACAAUGGAAACUACAACAGCCAUCCCUAAACCUGAGGAUGUAGUAAAGGGUGAAAUGAUUGCGGAUGUUGCCAACAAUGCUACAGAUCCCAGUACUGAAGCAGCCAAACCUUUAGACUGCAUCAAGGAUAUCCGUGACCUUGUGAUGGAAGUGACUGAAGUGGAGGAUGUACCCCAAGACUGCUCUGACCAUGGAGAGGUCGGCUUAAACACACGGUGAAGGAGCACGCUGUGAUCAAACCUAUAGGACACUUUGGACAUGGAGAGGCGUUAAAAGUGGUCAUGCUGUAGUUUGCUGACCUUAUUAAAACAAUUCGAGUAGUUUUUACAACUUUCGGGAGGUGGGGGGGUAGGUAAAGUGGGUUUUAAGUAGUUUUAUUGUUUAGGUUUGACUAAGAAGCUUAAAUUUAUGCUUCUGUUGAAAGAAUGUGUUUACAUUUUGUUUUAUGUAUUGUGCUCACAAAUGAAUAAUUAUGAUAAAAGCGGGGUGAAAAGUAA